AUAUACUUAACUGAAAAUGAUUUAGAUGACCAGGCUGAUAAUACUGAACCUGAACUAACAAGCGAUGAUAUCGAUUGGGCACUGAACGAUCCUGGCUUUAAUUUUGAAUCAUGGGAGUGCGAGUCUGACCCGGACACUAGUCUGUGUCGGGCGUAUUUCAAUGAGUACUACUGUAACUCCACGUCCGGCCGGUGCGAGCCCUUCAUAUACGGCGGUUGUGGCGCUAAUAACAACCACUUCGAGACCCACGAGUUGUGUCUAGACUUGUGUGCCGAUUAUUGUCAUUCAUAA